UUUUCGUUGCGAAAUGGGCGUCAGAGGCGUUUGCUCCGUCCGCACGUGCAGCAAGCCUGUCUCCCAUAGAAGGCGAAACUUUUCCAGUCCCGAAGGGAAGAAGAGGAAUAGUCGCGAGCAAUCAAAAAGAAUUACAUUCUCAUCAUUCCAAUCGACAUAUUCCAGAUUCUUCUUCUUUCUUGAUUCUUAUUUUCUUCAUUCCCAAUAGAGAGAAAAGAAGGCAAGUGGACGAUGGAUCAUCAUCAUCCCAGCAACAACAACAACAACAAGAACAACAACGACUACAACAACAACAAUAACGGAAAGGGGUACGGGGAUAACAGCUCGGAAGGACGUUGGGGCACUUGGGUCAUGGGCAAUCCGGCCACGCCCCAAGCCCAUCCUGCCAACCAACAGGCAGCCACAUGGGUCGCUGAUCAAUCCCUCCCAUCCUCCCAUCCUCCUCCCAACAACGCCAGUUACAUGAACUACUCUGUUCCUCCUCCCACUUCUGCCUACCAGUACCCUCCUCCUCCUCAGCCCACCAACCCCUACAUCCAUACGUCUCCCGUUCCCGCCACCUCUGGAAAACGUACCAUGGAGACGGUCCUUGACGUGUUGGGUCGAUGGGGGAAGAAGGUUGAAGAAUCCACCAGAAAGGCUGAGGGCUUUGCUGGCAACGUCUGGCACCACCUUAAAACUGGUCCUAGUCUCAGGGAUGCAGCCAUGGCGAGACUUGCUCAAGGAACGAAGGUGCUUGCCGAAGGGGGGCAUGAUAAGGUUUUUCAGCAUACUUUUGAGAUCUUGCCUGGAGAACAAUUACGAAAGGCAUAUGCUUGCUACCUGUCAACUUCAGCAGGACCUGUUAUAGGAACACUCUAUAUAUCCACAGCAAAGCUAGCUUUUUGCAGUGACAACCCUCUCUGCCGUAGUUCUUCCCCAGGACAACAGGAAUGGAUUUAUUACAAGGUAGUGAUAGAGCUUGAACAGUUGAGGUCAGUAAAUCCUUCUACAAAUAGGUCGAAUCCUGCGGAGAAAUACAUUCAGAUUGUCACUGCAGAUGGUCAUGAAUUCUGGUUCAUGGGGUUCGUAUCAUAUGACAAAGCGCUCAAGAACCUGACCGAGGCUUUACAACACAACACCAGUGCCCAUUCUUCUGGAACGCCAAUGCCCCAUACAUAAAAAAACUGUGGAACUUUGUUUUUAGUGGAUUUUCUGUGUUUGUGUAUUACACAUGAGCUUCUGUUUAAACUGCUUAGAGUUUUCUUGGGAUGGGAAUGAAUGCCUGAACAACAGAGAGCACUGAACAUAACAUAUAUUUGUAUGUGAUACAAAUCUUUCCUAAA